GUUGCCUCCUUGCCGCCGGCCUCCUGGGGUCCAUCCCAGCUUGCUCUGCUCCUAGCGACCCAGAUUCCUGCCCCGCCUCCGCCCCUCCCGCGCCCGCAGCCGGUGCUGCAGCCGCGGCCACCCUGGUCUAGGCUCUGCGCCGGGGACCGACCUCGUCGAUCGCCGCGGUGGAGCUUGCAGCUGGAACCCUUGGGGAACGCGGAGAUGGAGACCCGACUGCCGCACGCCAGGACCUGCUGAGCUUCUGCCGCCGCUAAAUUCAUCUUACAUUUACUUUGACAAAGGCAAAUUUGGAAGCAAUUACUUGAGAACCAUUUGUAUAACACCUGGAUAAUCAAAACAGGCACAAUGAAGCACUUCCUGAGAAUGCUGAUCCAGGUGUGCCUGUAUUUUUACUGUAAAUUUUUGUGGCGUUGCCUGAAAUUUGUAAUGAGAAAGCUGACUGGAAGAUGUGAACUGCAACGGAUCUGUUACAAUACCAAGCCUGGAGCUUCUAGAACUAUGAAAAUUGAAACAUCACUGAGGGAUUCAAAAAGUAAGCUACUGCAGACUUCAGUGAGUGUUCAUCCUGAUGCUAUUGAAAAAACUAUAGAAGACAUUAUGGAACUGAAAAAAAUUAACCCUGACAUAAAUCCACAGCUGGGAAUCUCUCUUCAAGCUUGCCUUCUGCAAAUUGUUGGGUACAGAAACCUUAUUGCGGAUGUGGAAAAACUGCGCAGAGAGCCCUAUGACUCUGAUAAUCCCCAACAUGAAGAAAUGCUUUUGAAGUUAUGGAAAUUCUUGAAGCCCAAUACUCCGCUAGAAUCCCGGAUUUCUAAGCAGUGGUGUGAAAUUGGUUUCCAAGGUGAUGAUCCUAAAACAGAUUUUCGAGGAAUGGGACUUUUGGGACUGUACAAUUUGCAGUAUUUUGCAGAAAGGGAUGCUGCAGCAGCACAGCAGGUCCUAUCUGAUUCUCUUCAUCCAAAAUGCAGCAAAUUCAGCAAAGCAGAAUGGGAGAAGAAAAGGAUGGAUAAAGCAAUUGGGUACUCGUUUGCAAUUGUGGGCAUCAAUAUAACUGAUCUGGUAUAUAAUCUACUGGUGAGUGGAGCUCUAAAAACUCAUUUCUACAACAUCGCUCCAGAAGCUCCAACAUUAUCUCACUUCCAGCAAACAUUCUGCUAUUUGAUGCACGAGUUUCAUAAGUUUUGGAUUGAAGAGGACCCCAUGGACAUAAUGGAAUUUAAUCGUGUGCGGGAGAAAUUCCGCAAGAGGAUCAUAAAACAGCUGCAGAAUCCAGACAUGGCAUUGUGCCCACAUUUUGCUGCCUCGGAAGGUUUAAUCAACAUAUAGUCACCCACACUGGUUUUAAUGGAUACCCCAGGACAGUGCCUCAUUAUUGUGUUAGAUCUCUGCUUAGGUCCCAGCUCACACACUGAAUGCACACAGUGAUUGUAUGCAUGCCUGUUAGUACAGUGUCUUCAUAUCUUCGUCAUAAUUACCAGAUCCCCAAAUACCACAAUUUCUGCAGUAUCUGUCAUCCAGUGACUGCUCAUAUUGUGGCAUCAUGCAGUGUUACAUCUUGCUUUGACACCUGGUAUGGAGAGAGUUUUCUAUUUUUUUAAAUUGGCUUCCUCUCCCUCAUAAUUUAGUGUUGAAGAAUUGUAUUUCUCUAGCUGUAUUUUAUAUGUAAAAGAUUUAGCUGAAUUUUGUUCUGUGAAAGCCUUUUAAUUUAUUGAUGUUUCAUGACUAUAGCUGCUAGCUCUUCAAGCCAGGUUCAUGCUUGGACCUCAUUCCAAAAAAGUAUGACUUUAAAAUAAUACAAACAGACACAUGAUAAGACAAAUCAUUCUUGCAAAUACUGCUGCACUUCAUGAAAAUGUAACGAGGCUAACAAGAAGCAAAUUUAGGUAGGUGCUGGGGUUUUUUGAAGUACCGCAGAAUUAUAUUGUAGUUUACCCCCAGUUGUAAUUGUGGCAUAGUCAUCUGGACAUCAAAUUAUUUUAUUCCCAUAAUUUUACUGGCUUGGAUGCCUAAAUAUGUUUAUGUUGCUUGGAGCCUCAAAAAAGAAGUAUGCACACUGCAAAAGCUCCAACAGCUUUUUCACUGCCUGCCUCUUGCUGAACUCAGAGUUACACCCUGGCACUGUUCUGAUCCAGGCAUCUUUGCUUGGGGCACUGAGUGGUGGCUGGUUUGUUGUCUAUGUCAAGAGGUAAUAUUAAAAAACAAUUUGCAAGAAAAUGUGUUGCAAGAGAAGAACCUGAGCUAUGUCAUUCUGUAAUAUUUCUUGAAACUAAUGACCUUGUCUUUUAUCAGUGGAGGAAAUAAAUUGCUUGGAAGGAGAACAAAAUCAAGUCAUUUCAAAACUGCUUAAAAUCAUUUUAAAAACCAUGAUUUAGUUUGGAAUUAAUUAUGAUUGUAGUCUGUUGAAUAGUAUUUACCAUGGCAUUUCAUACCCAUGGUAUUUUAUACCUUCUGACUAUCAUCAGUUUUAGUAUUAUUAGAUGUUUGUGUACUCACUUGCUUAUCUAAGUGAAUUUUGAGUACUGCCUAACUCAGUUAUGAAUAAAUUACAUGUCAUUCUACUGUAA